GUAAACCCUAAAAAGUCAAAAUAGACAAUUAAUAAUUUACAUUUAAAAUAACUAACAAAUAUGAUUACCGAUUUCGAAAUAGAAGAAGCUGAGGAGCAACCUGGUGAUGCUAGAACUCUUCCCCAGUAUGAAACCGAAUUUACCAAUGCUAAAAUAUUCUUGCAAAAAGCAAGUACAGACACGGGGGAAAAUUUGUAUGACCAUUUAUCAGAAACGCUAAACAAAAUAUUAGCGGAGAGACCCCAAAACGUAAUUGACUUCUUUGAAGAUUUCAGCAGAAAGAUUAAAGAGAGAAGAUUUAGACCACAUACGGAUCAUCUCGAAGAUAUUUAUGUACCUCCAAAUAGUUUGGCACUGGCUCAAAAAAUGAUGCCAUUGCUUAAGCCUUUGCCAGCAUCUGAACCUUCGACGAUGGAUCCAGCUGAUUUAGAAUUAGCUGAUAUGUCUCAGAACAAUAUGCUAGAAUCGCUAUACUAUUUUGAGCAAUGCGGCUUGGGUAUACCUCGUAAAGAAAUGUUUUUUGUCAUGUUGUCGAUUAAAAAACUUUCUAAUACCGAGCCAAUUUCUUUGAUUAGGUUUUGGGGUAAAAUAUUUGGUACACUCAGAGAUUAUUUGAUAUUAGAAUGUGAAUUAAAAGAUGAAGAGUAUAUUAAUAGAAAUGAGGUUUAUGCUCAAGAAGCGCAACAAGAAGUACAACCAGUAGUGGAUAUUGAUGAAGAAAACAUUUUAGAGGAAAAUAGGAUUAGGAAAGCUUUAGACGAAAUUGCAAAACAACAACAAAUAGGUGGUGAAGAAGGAGGCAAGUAUCCUCGGCCUUUGCCACCAAUGCCUAAAAUAAUUUAUGCUGAACCACCGGAACCUCCUUCAGAAUUAUCGGGGGUGGGACUUAAUAAAUUGGUAUAUUAUGUAUGCAACGGAAUAGGAGAACCUUGGGUUCAACUUCCAGAUGUCACUCCAAAACAAGUUCGAACGGCACGACAAAUUUAUAAAUCUUUUACUGGAAAUUUGGAGUCGCCAAUUUAUACGUAUCCACAAUUUCCUGGCAAUGAACGCGAAUAUUUACGGGCACAAAUUGCAAGAAUAUCGGCAGUUUCUGCUCCGAUUCUGACAACUGUCAAUUUGUCUCCAUUAGUUAUUGAAAACUUAACUCCAGUACCGCCUUCUUGCGGUGUGCCAAACGAAUUGGCAAACAUACCUUCUCCAACUCGUAUACAAGCUCAAGAUAUCUCUCAACCUGAAACUUUAAAUGCUCUAAAUAUACGACAGGUUAAUAAACUCUCUAUUCAAGCUCAAAAUAUAUUCACUUCCACUUUCUUACAUUUGAAUAAAAUUCCAACACAAAAAUCUAUCGACUUAUUAUCAAUUGCAACACCUUGUGAAGAAGGUGAUGUACAUGCCGAUUUUUUGAAAAUCAUCUCUCCUCCGAAUAAGUCCAUACCUCCUCCACUAAUACACGAAAAUCAAAUACUUCUCUCACAGCCUCGUACUAACACGGCUGUCAUCAAAGUUCUCUCAAGACAAACUGUUCUUACUCAUACCACCCUACAAUCUAAUUCAUUAGAUUCAGUCGAACCUGUCUUUUCUUCUGUUACCGUUGCCCUACCGUUCGUAAAGGGCCAAGUAACAACAGCCCCUGCAGUGCCCAACAAUAUUCUGUUACUGGAGGCUCAGUCUGUAUUGCCGUCUCCUGAUAUGGUGAACGUUAAUGUAACGUGCCCUACUCCGUUGUUUACUGUCUCUCAGGUUCAAACUUUUGCUAACCAAACCACGCACUCAGUGGCUUCUCAUACUUUAAAAACAACACACAUAUCUCCAUUGGGAUAUUAUACCUUCGGAGCAGGUGAAUUAGGUGAAGGAGCUGAUGAAGAAGAAGAAAUAGAAGAAGCAGCUGGUGAAGGGAAAACUACCUUUAGAAGAAUAACUUGGUGGAAUCCAAAUCCAAUGCCCGAAGUAGGUGACGAGGAACUCGAUGAAGAGUUAGGUGAAGAGGAGGAGGAAGGAGCGGAAGAAAAAAUGAAAUUGGAUCGAAUAGAACCAGAGACCGGACCACCUUUACUCAUUCCAAUUUCUGAGGACGCGUCUCUUGAAGCUGUACCGGCUUGGAGCGUUCGUUGUUCUUCUAACAUUAUGGAAGAUUUUGCUCUGGCUAUCGUGAGAUCAAAUAUUUGGCCUGGUGCUUAUUGUUUUUCAACACAAGGAAAGAUGUUCCAAAAUGUUUAUUUCGGUUUUGGACUAAAACAUAUGGAAAGCAAUUUUUCGCCUGUGCCUCUACCACCUGUUGAACAAGAGUAUCCAAUUGGACCUGAAAUAAUGGAGAUACUAGAUCCAACUGGAGCAGAGGAAGAACAAUGGCGAAUUGAUCACUUACCCAAGCCGAAGAUAGAGCUUCCCGUUGGGGUAGAAGGGGAGGAAGAAGAAGAGGAGGAGGAAGAAGAAGAGGAGGAAGAGGACGAAGACUAGAUAAUACUUAUUUAUAUAUUUAUUCCCUAAUACUUUUUAUUUUGUGAAUUCGCAAAAAUAUUGAUUCUAUUUAAUUGAAAACUUGUUUGCGAUGAAACAUGUUUUUAUUUACACUAAUAAAUAGUUUUAAUUUUUUU